CCCCCUGUAUCUUGAAUAUGUAGGUCAACACAAGUACAGGUGGAUAUCAGGGAACAUUCACGCAGGUAGCCCACGGUGUUUACGGGACAAGGCGUGGUCAAAUGAAGCAAGUGGUCACAGUGCUUCUCAUACGCAUGCGUGAGAAAGAAAGUGCGUUUUAGUAUGAUAACUGGACCGGAGAGAGAGAUUAUGAGGGCUGUACACAACUGUUGUUUUAAUCCCCAGAGCGAGGAGAUUUGGCGAAAAACCAACGGGCUUUAACCUCAGCAGCCAUAUUGUAAGGAAAAACGACGGAAAAGAAUCAUUUUUACUUAAAAAAGUAAUCUUUAAGGAAAACCCUUGCCAAAACUUUUGUAAGAGUUGCUUGUCAACUCACUGGCGGUUGUAUUCAGUCCAGCAGUUUGCAGUCCAGCUGGCUGAGGAAUCCUGAAUUUUAAGACUGUAGCCUACUCUUCUAUCCCUUAGAAUUAUAUAUUUUCUUAGUUUGAGUAAUUUUAAUACGCGGUAAAUUGUCGGGAAAAUGAAGGACCGAUUGGAGCAACUCAAAGCGACUUGUGACAAUGACGACGAGGAUGUGGAAAUCGCCGUGGACAAUGCAGCGUUCAUGGAUGAGUUCUUCUGUCAGAUCGAAGACAUCAGAUCCAGUAUCGAUAAGAUCGACGAGAAUGUGGCUGAAGUCAAGAAGCUCUACUCCGUCAUCCUCUCAGCUCCCACAUCAGAGCAGAAAACGCAGGACGACUUGGAGGCCAUCACCAACGACAUCAAGAAGAUGGCCAACAACGCCCGCAACAAGCUAAAGACCAUCGAGAGGAAUCUGGAGUCCGAGGAGGAGGAGAGAGUUUCGGCGGACACGCGCAUACGUAAAUCGCAGCAUGCCGUGCUGUCCAGGAAGUUUGUGGAGGUGAUGACCAAGUACAACGAGGCCCAGGUGGACUUCAGGGAGAGGAGUAAAGGACGCAUCCAAAGACAGCUGGAGAUCACUGGUAAAGCGACAACAGAUGACGAGCUUGAAGAGAUGCUGGAGAGCGGGAAUGCUGCCGUCUUCACUGCAGGGAUUGUGGACUCGGGGAUCUCAAAGCAGGCUCUCAAUGAGAUCGAGGCGCGGCACAAAGACAUUGUGCGGCUGGAGAGCAGCAUUAAGGAGCUCCACGACAUGUUCAUAGACAUCGCCAUGCUGGUGGAGAGCCAGGGUGAAAUAGUAAACAACAUAGAGAUCCAGGUAUCUAAAUCCGUGGACCACAUAGCAGUGGCCAAGUCUGAGACCAAAAAAGCCAUCAAGUACCAAAGCAAAGCACGCAAGAAACAGAUGAUCAUAGCGGUCAUCGUGGUGGUUCUGCUGGCCGUACUGGCCCUGAUCAUAGGCUUGUCCGUGGGCUUGAAGUGAGCCCAGCCCAGUAACGGCAGGGUGCUGAGGAAGAAGAUCAUUUUGGCUGUGGUCUGUGCCGUGCUUGCUGUCCUCCUCCUCGCCAUCAUCCUAGGAACGACAUUAUAGAGGAGCCCCGCCCCCCCCACCUACCCUUCUUCAUCAUCACCGUCAUCAUCAUCACUCCAGUCCCUCUCUCCAACCUCUGACUUCCAGCAAUCAUGUCCAGAAUCGGGGGACAUGGACUCAGCCAAUCACUCCUCUUGUCCACAGACAGACCACCUCUCCCUCUGACCAAAUAAGGAAUGGUUCAGCGUGGAGGGUUACUGGUUAGAGCAGGCCGGUGUCCUCGGGUUGUGAGUGUCUCACCUGGACGAGAGGCGGGACUAGAGGGAGAGACCUGGCAACGGUCAAAGUACUUUGAGAUCUUACUACGGAGAACAAGGGAAUUUUAAAUAUUGGAAAUCUUGUAGCAUUUCACACAUCCGAAUGUACUGUACAUCAUGUCGUUAAAUCGUUAUUCUAUUUGUUAUGAAAGAAAUUUAUUAUCCUGAAAUAUAUAUAUAUAUAUAUAUAAAACUAUUUAAUUUAAUAUUGAUCUACUGCCCGCUCACUGAAUGAUGGGAAGGACACUCCAAACUUGUUAUGUGAAUCACCCCAUCCCUCCUCCCUCCUCCCCACUAGGCAAAUCUGUCUUCCGUCCUCUACUGUAUUAUAUAACCCAUAAGGGAAUGGUGUUUUGUUUUCAUCACCAAAGAUGAUUGUGUUGGAGAGGGGACCCAGCAGGAUUCAAUCUUGUUUAAACAUGAUCCCUAGUUAACUGCCAGAGAAUCAACUGUUGGUUCUGUAGUGUGUUCUUGACUCAUUAAAGCACGCACACGCACACACACACAGCUUUUUGGCCUGAGUGGUCAAGAAAGCUGUCUGAAGUUUUGAGUCUUUCAGAUUCAGCUCUGCCCCCUCCCCUAUACACCCUGUCCCUCCUCAAUGUUGUCUUAUGGCGGCCCUUAGACAGUGUGUCCAAUGGCGAGGCUUGAAAUGAAACAGGAAGUGAUUAGCCCAUUCAAAGUGAACAAUAGUGUUAUGGUGCCAAAGGUUUAAAUACGGAAUUAAAAGGUUUCUUGUUUUUUUA